AUGGAAGACGACAGGGCGCAGGUCGACCUGGGCGUCGCGGCCGACAUUGAAGAGUCACACGCCGCCGCCGCCGCCGACGAAGCAGCCGCCAGCGCCGUCAAGCAGCCCAAGAAGCGCUUCGUGGGGAGGCGGGCGGCGGCCAGGCAGGGUCAUGGAGCGGCGGACGCAGAGGGCGAGAGCGGCGCGGUUCAAGCCGCCAAGCCCAGACGCCCGCCGCGGCUGCUGAACCGGGUGCCCAGGGAGAUCCUCGACGACGCGCAGCUCCAGGAGGCCAUGGCGCUGCUGCCGGCCAACUACAACUUCGAGAUUGCCAAGACGAUCCACCGGAUCCGGUCGGCGGGGGCGCGCAGGGUGGCGCUGCAGAUGCCCGAGGGCCUGCUCCUGUUCGCGACGACCAUCGCGGACAUGCUGACGCAGUUUUGCCCGGGCGUCGAGACCCUCAUCAUGGGCGACGUGACGUACGGCGCGUGCUGCAUCGACGACUACACGGCGCGCGCGCUGGGCUGUGACCUGCUGGUCCACUACGCGCACAGCUGCCUCAUCCCCGUCGACGUGACGCAGAUCAAGACGCUCUACGUCUUUGUCGACAUCAGCAUCGACGCCGCCCACCUGCUGGCGUCGCUCGAGCGCAACGUCGCCAGCGGCAAGACCAUGGCCCUGGUCGGCACCAUCCAGUUCAACGCCAGCAUCCACGGCCUGCGCGGCGCCCUCGAGGCCGCCGGCUUCCGCGUCGUCGUGCCGCAGAUUGCGCCCCUGAGCAAGGGCGAGAUCCUCGGGUGCACGUCGCCGCGCCUCGCCGACGACGACGCCGUCGACCUGAUCCUCUACCUCGGCGACGGCCGCUUCCACCUCGAGAGCGUCAUGAUCCACAACCCGUCCAUCCCCGCCUACCGCUACGACCCCUACUCGCGCAAGCUGACGCGCGAGACGUACGCCCACGACGAGAUGCGCUCCCUGCGCAGCGACGCCAUCCGCGCCGCCCGCGCCGCCCGCCGCUGGGGCCUGAUCCUCGGCUCCCUCGGCCGCCAGGGCAACCCGCACACCAUGGCGCUGAUCCGCCGGCGGCUCGAGGCGCGCGGCAUCCCCUACGUCGACCUGCUGCUCAGCGAGAUCCUGCCGGGCAAGCUGGCCCUCAUGGGCGACGUCGAGUGCUGGGUCCAGGUGGCGUGCCCGCGCCUCAGCAUCGACUGGGGCUAUGCCUUUCCCCGCCCCCUGCUCACGCCCUACGAGGCCCUGGUUGCGCUGGGCGUCAGGGACGGAUGGGACAAGGACGGCGGCGGAGUGUAUCCGAUGGAUUACUACGGGAAAGACGGGCUGGGGAGAACGAAAGCAGAGGACGUAGGAGCUGCAGUUGGAGCUGCAGUUGUUGGAGCUGGAUAG